AUGGAGUCCAAGAUCAGGCCGGACUCGGUCUCGGCCGAGUUCGAGGUCGUCCACGAGACGCCGCGGUUCCAGAGGGUAUACUGGACGAGGGAACCGCAUCUCCGGAAGCUCUACGGCAUGGCCGUCAUCCUCAUGGUGGCCUCCGCGACGACAGGGUACGACAGCAUGCUGGUCAACACGUCGCAGCAGAUCGAUGCCUGGAACCGCUUCUUCUUCCCCGAGCUCCAGGACGACCGGAACGCCGGGGACCCCGCGCUCAACAGCAAGCUCGCCAUCCUCGUCAACAUGUUCAACAUCGGCUCCAUCGUCUCCUUCUUUAUCACCCCAUACGUUGCCGACCACUUUGGCCGCCGGACCGCCAUCAUCGCCGGCUGCACCUUCAUGGUGACGGGCGGCUUCCUCACGGCCUUUAGCAACGGCUACGGCAUGUACAUGGGCGGCCGUUUCGUGCUCGGCUUCGGCAACUCACUUGCUCAGAUGGCCUCGCCGCUCCUCCUGACCGAGAUCUGCCACCCGCAGCACCGCGGGCCGGUCACGGCCAUCUACAACUGCCUGUGGAACGCGGGCGCGCUGCUGGUCUCGUGCAUCGCCUGGGGCACGGCGACGGUGCGGAGCGAGUGGUCGUGGCGGUCCAUCACGCUCAUCCAGGUGGUGCCCUCGCUCAUCCAGCUCGCCGGCAUCUGGUGGAUCCCCGAGUCACCCCGAUUCCUCAUCAACAAGGAGCGCCACCGGGAGGCCCUCCACAUCCUCACCAAGUGGCACGCCGGCGGCGACCCGCACAACGCCACGGUCCAGUUCGAGUUCCGCGAGAUCCGCGAGACCAUCCGGAUCCAGAAGGAGACGGAGCGCUCGACCAGCUACCGCGACUUCCUGCGCACCCGCGGCAACCGCUGGCGGCUCGCCAUCAUCGUCUCGCUCGGCGUCAUCUCGCAGUACAGCGGCAACGCCCUCUUCUCCAACUACAUGAACGCCAUCUACCUCGGCGCCGGCAUCACCAACCAGAACCAGAAGCUGGCCAUGUCGACCGGCAAGACCAUCCUGGACCUCAUCGUCACCGUCACCGCCGCCCUGGGCGUCGACCGCUUCGGCCGCCGGCCCCUCUUCCUCACCUCCAUGCUCGGCAUGGUCCUCUCCUUCGCCUGCUGGACCGUCACCGGCGCCGUGUACGAGAAGUCGGCCGAGCUCAACGUCCGCGCCGGCUACGCCCAGCUCGUCUUCAUCUGGAUCUUUGGCAUCUUUUACGACAUCGGCUUCUCCGGCCUGCUCGUCGCCUACGCCCUCGAGGUCCUGCCCUUCCACCUGCGCGCCAAAGGCAUGAUGAUCAUGAACAUUACCGUCCAGGCCGUCCUCGCCAUCUCCAACCAAACCAACAAGAUUGCGUGGGAGCGGCUGCCGCACCACUGGAACUUUAUGCUCUUCUACACCCUCUGGGACCUCGUCGAGCUCCUCUUCGUCUGGUUCUUUUACGUCGAGACCAAGGGCCCCACCCUCGAGGAGAUCGCGCGCAUCUUCGACGGCGACAGCGCCGUCGCCCACAUCGACAUGCACGACGUCCAAAAGGACAUCUACGCCAUGGAGGACCGAGAUCCCUAUAACCUGCCCGGGAGGGCUCUGUGA